GAAGUCGGUUGGUGCGGGUCUGUUCUGGAUCGUGCUUGGGUCUGUCCGGGAUCGUUGUCGGCAUCGAUAUUGGCGCGCAGGGUAUGCAAAUGGCUCGAUAUUGCCGCCGGAUUGCGGCCGGAUUGCCGCCGGAUUGCCGCCCAGGUUGCCGCCAAGCUCGGCUGCAGUGUUGCGAGAUUGUCUCGCUGGCGGGUCUGGGCUUCGUCUUUGCAUCUGCAUUGGUCGAGCCGAUGAGUGCCUUGGACGAAUACGAGUCUGACCGCAAUAUCCAAGAGUCGAUUGCCGCAAGCGGGUUGAUCGAAGAUGUCUAUGAGCGUGUCUCCAAGGAACUGAGACAGAGCCUCUCGGACCCGGUGCGAGCCUUGGGAUCGGCAGAUGCGAUGGAGCAAGAAGCCUGCAUCGCUGUCGGUCGAGAUCAUGGCGGACGAGCAAAGGUCCCAGCGACAGCGACAAAGCCUGGGUGCCGCUAUUUGAGAAUCGAGCUUGGCCAAGGGAGAGCAUUCCUUGGGCUCGAGGAGAUCCAGGAGGAAUCGACAUGGCUCAGUCUGGAUGUGCAAUUCCGAGCACAGCGACUCUCGACAUCCCUGGUCCCGUCGACGACUGAUCCCCGCUUCAGCGAAUCGUGGAUGAUUGAGCUUCCGCAAGCCGAUUUGCAGUCGAUAUCCAGCAUUGGCGACCGGCUCCACUUUGUCGCCAUCCGAUCCGACGGACACUUCACCCGAUCUGUCAUUGGCUCAGCUGUGGUCGAGUGGCGAGAGGUGCUGGUCGCUGACAAAGUCUCUGCUUUCGCCGAGCUGAGAGAGGUUGGCAACAGCCAGCUGACGGCUGGGCUCGUCGAGCUGACCCUGGAGCUGUUCCCAAAGCCGACGCAAUUCCUGGAUCGAGAUGAGCUCGAGUUUCUGAUCAAACGGGAGGAGCGUGCCAUCACGGAUACCGCUCGUCUGUUUCACCUCUAUGCAAAGCAGUGGUGGUCAGACUUUCUGCAAAUCCGAAGCACCCAUGCGAAUCGGCUGGUCAAGAUCUUUGCACUUGAUGAACAGGGCCACCGCAGCCCAGUCACCGGAUACAUAUAUCCGAUCGAAGCCGAUUCCAUCGAGAGCCCCCGACAUGCGUUGCGCUUUGUUUCUCUGAUUCCGUACCACAAAAUCAAGCCUGUCGGUGAGCCAAAUGCCGAUAUCUGGCAGAGUCUGCACACCUUUCUGUGUGCCGGCCAUGGCGAUGCCCACGACCACAGCAUACUCCUGUGCAAUCUGCUUCUCGGGUUUUCUCUGGAUGCAUAUGUUGCAUGCGGGGUUGGACGAGACGGCACAGCAACCUGCUGGGUUGUGACGAUUGAUGUGUCUGGCGAUGUUCAUAUCUGGGACCCGCUGCGUGGGAUACGGUACAAGCCCAACGACCCGCAUCCAUAUCGCAACAUUGGCUGUCUGUUCAACGGGGAGACACUCCUUGCCAAUAUCCAGUCGUGCGACUCGGUCGACCGCUGCAGCUUCAACUUGGCGGAUCCGUCGCAGUGGAAGAUGGUUUCGGCAGAAUCUCUCCGAUCCAUGAGGAUCGCGGCGACCCCAGGAUUCGGCUUGUCGCUCCGGCCAUGUCCCUCGUCGUGGUGCUCGCGGCAGACCGAGCUCGAAAUCGCCGACCAGAUCAAGCAGUACAUAUCCGAGUUCAGGCAGGACAGGGACAUGUGUUGCAUCUGGGAUGUGCAUCUCGGCCACCUGUUGCGCCAGUGCCUGUCUGGGUACGAGCUGCAGAAGCUCUAUUUCUCCAGCGGCGGAACGGGCCAGUCCGAAUGUGAUCUCGUUGGACGGGGAUACUUUGAAGCUGGCGUUCGGCGAUCGAUCCCUGAUGGAUCGACGUUCAAGGCGUUUCCAUGCCAGUUCAAUCAUCUCGAUCCUCCAAAGCUCUUCAACGGGCUGCUCAAGGCUGCAGCAGCACGCGAUUUGAUAGCGACCCGAGCCGACAAGGUUCGCUUCGGCCUGCAGUGCAAGGUCAUUCCGUACGCCGAAACGGCUUGCUCGAUCUGGAUCAUGAUCGCCGUCAAGUACCAGUCCGUGGCACUCUAAUCCGGGUCGGUCUUGAGGCUCCGUCGAUCCUCUGUCGUCCGAGCCUCCGUCGAUCCGCUGUCGCCCGAGCCUGCACAUCGCCAGCACCACCAUUGGCUGAGCCCAUCCAACUGCACCCGUGAACAACGACAAGGUGGACACCACAGCGAUGUUGCAGGACGCUUGGUCUCGCAAUCCCGAUGGAUCGAUGAGUUGGGGGAAUGGCCCAGAGUCGACAAACGGUGCUUGCAGAAGAACCGUGGUGCUGCUGGAAUGUAUUGGGAGGUGCAAAAAUGCGGCGAUGCAACAUUGCUUCGCCGACGGCAUCGGCAUCGGCAUCGGCA